UGAAGAAAAAUCGCAUUUUCAGUUUCUUUUGUCUUGAAGUUAACGGACAAACUUAAACCACAAAAAGAAAUAAUGUAUGGAAUGUUCCUAUUUAAAAAAAUAUUUGGUUCCAUAUAAAAGUUAACAUGCACUACUUAUUAAAUGAAUCAUAAAGCAUGUUUUAUUUAUCAGUUAUGGACUUUUGACGAGGUCAAUACGUUAUAUAUGAACCUGUUCAGAUUAUAUUGACCGAGGACGAAGUCCGAGUGUCAAUAUAAUCUAACAGGUCCAACUUUAACGUAUUGACUGGGUGAAAGUCCUUUAUUUAUAUAUUACAUAUGUAAAUGAUAUAUAAGGAAAAUUGCAUUCAAUGUUAUCUGUGUUUUUUUUAAUUAUAUUUUGCAAGAAUUCUAACAUGUUAUUGAAAAUAUCAAUAUUCUUUGAACAACUUUAUAGCUUGUUGCGUUAGCUUUCUUGUAUACGUAUUAUUAGCGUCUGCAUUUAACAUAAAAGUGUUCAUAUCUCCUUCUGACAAACAUGCAAAUUUUCUUUUCGAAUCGUCUGCUGCGGUGCUUCCUCCAUGCAUGUUAUGUGUGACGUCAUGAAUCUAAAUUUACCAGAUUUUUAAUAUUGACCGUCAAUAUACGUACAAAUAGUAAUAUAGCGUCAAUAUUCAUAAAAAUAGAAACAAGGUUUCGGAUACAUCAAAUAACCUUUGAAACACGUGAUCGUAUUAUCCAAUGAAAGCAAGAGAAUACUACAUCAUAUGUAAUAUAUUUAUAUAUUUCAGCUGCAAUGAGCACACAGGAUUCCCAUCGAUCUACCCCACAAGGGAAAAGAACAUCCUAUACAAAGGGACGGAGUCCAAGUGAACUCAACUCUAGAAGAAGACAGUCUGCAUUAGACUUCAGAAACAUUGCAACAGAACUAGAUGAACACAAAUGCGGAUGCAGCUUAGAUUGUUAUUCCAAAUUUCAACCAGCAGACAUAUAUUAUUGGAGGAUGAAGAUUCACAGCAUACCAGAAGGGAGGGAGAGAAUGGAGAAAAUAUGCCAAAUAAUUCGUCUGUCUGCUGUAAAUCUCCAGAAGCAUGAACGUUGUCAAUUGUUCCAUGUCGACCAGAGGAGUGUUUGCCGGAAAGCAUUUAUUUCUCUUGUCCUAAGAAUUUCAAUUCCAACGUUUACUAGAGCAAAGCGGAGACUUAUAAGCAAAACCUCUACAUCAGCAAAAUUAGAAAAGAAAAAGACGCAUUCAUGGAGAGGGAAAAUUUGCGAGGGAUUCCUGAGAGCUUACAUUAAGUCGGCAUGUGAUAGUGAUCCAUCUAAAACAAGAUAUAGAAUGCCAGUAGGAAUAAGUCGCAUCAGACUGUUUAAUCUACUAGUAUAUAGAAAUACUCAUACAGAUGAUGGUAUAGAGAAGAGCGCGUUUUAUGUCAUUUUAAAGCAGAAGUUUCCAGAUUUGUCUUUUAAUGCGACACAACGAUUCACCAAAUGUACGCAGUGUCAUGAUUUGUGUAAGAUGAUAGAGGAAGAAAAGGACCCAAUUAUAUUAAUGGAGCUAGAAGAACUUUUAGAUUUUCAUCACCGUCAACAACAACUUGAAAGAGAAGCUUAUUAUGUUAGACGAGGAAUGGCAGAAAUGAGGCCAAAUGAAUAUGUAUCCAUAAUAUUGGAUGGCAUGGAUCAAAAUAAGACCGAUCUUUCACAUUAUGUAAAAUGGAAUAAUCCCAAUGUAAGUACAAAAAGUUGUCGUAUUCGAACAAAAAAAUAGUUAUGAAGAAAAAAAAAACAUUAGAUAUCUCUUGGUAUUAAAGAUUAGAUGGAUAUAUAUAUCUGCCCAAACUCUGUCCAGACAAACUUUGAUGUUGACAGUUAAAAUCAUCAUUUGAUCAUUAAUUUGGAUGGUCGCUCAACUUUGUCGUCUUAUGAAUGAUGAACUGUGAACGAUAGAAGAGGGACGAAAGAUACCAGAGGGACAGUCAAACUCAUAGAUCGAAAACAAACUGACAACGCCAUGGCCAAAAAUAAAAAGACAAACAGACAAAUAAUAGUACAGAUGACACAACAUAGAAAACCAAAGACUAAGCAACACGAACCCCACCAAAAACUGGGGGUGAUCUCAGGUGCUCCGGAAGGGUAAGCAGAUCCUGCUCCACAUGUGGCACCCGUCGUGUUGCUUAUGUUAUUACAAAUCCGGUAAAUAGUCUAAUUCGGUAAGUCACAUUCGUGAAAAGGGAGGGUAUUGUAGUUACGACAUAAGGAACAUAUCCGAUAUCAUCUGUGAAACGGUUAUUCCAUAACGGUCAACUAACUCGUGAUGGCGUCCGUAAAAUUUACGAAGGGAUGAUUUCAACUUCCCCAUUUGGAACUCUUGGUUUAAUAGCUUCCUUGUGAGCAGCAAUCCUCUAUCAAGGAAAUCAUGAUAGGAAACACAAGCCCGGGAAUAUCGUAUCAAUUGGGAGAUAUAUACUCCGUAUGCAGGCGCUGCUGGAAUGUUGCUACAUAGAAAUGGAAAGUUCACAAUUGGGAAGCUGAAAUCAUCUCUUUUGUCUUAAAGUUUUGUUUUCAACCGACCCUCAUUGUCAAUUUCUAGAUGUAAGUCAAGAUAUGAGGCAGACUUAACUGUAUCUGUAGUAU